AUGGCUACCCCUAGUGUCCUAGCUUUCGACGCUGAGGGUCGCGCCAUUGAUUUUGAGGUCUGGUUAGACGACCUGCAGCUGUUCUUACAGUGCGACAGGACUGACGACCUUUCUCUCUUUGACCUCACCUCUGGCGCCUCUCCUGCUCCUGCUGCUGAUGCUGAUCCCUCUGUCCGCUCUCAGUGGGCCACCCGCGAUGCUGCUGCACGUCUUGCUGUGCGUCGCCACCUCCCUACCUCUGAGCUUGCGCGCCUCCGUGACUCCCUUCGCGUCGUCAGGGACCACUUUCUCGCUGUCUGUCCCACCACCCUCACCGUCGACCUCCUCGAGAAGGCCCUCCUCGCAGCGGAGAAGAGCAUCGUCGCUAUAGGUGCUUCUCGUGGUGACCCUCGCACCCCCAUCUUUGAGGGGUGCUCUCCUUCCCCCUUGCUGCCCUCUGUUGCCUCUGCUGCUGCUGCCGACCUGCUUGGUCUUGAGUCGGUCGGCGCGGCGUCUACCCCUAGUGGGAGACGUCGCUCUAGCAAGGGCAAGGGGGGCAAGGGCGCGGGUGGAGCUGGAGGGGGCGGUGGCGGUGGCGGCGGUGGCGGCGGAGGGAGUGGGGGUGGUGGCGGGACUAGUGGCGGGGGUGGUGGUGGUGGUGGUGGCAGCAGCGGCGGAGACGGUGGUGGUGGUGCCAGCGGUGGUGGUGGUGGCAGCGGCGGAGGUGGAGGCGGCGGAGGUGGAGGCGGUGGAGGCGGCAGCGGAGGAGGCGGUGGUGGUGGAGGAGGUGGAGCUGGUCGGGGUGGUACCCAGCAGCGUAGUGGCGGUGGUGGUGGCCAGCGCUCGCAGCGGCAGCAGCAGCAGCGCUCGCGGGACAUCCUUCCGCCUCAGCAGCUUCGUGAGUGGUACGCUGGGCGUCAGAGGGGUGGGGGUACUGGUCCCUGCACCUACGUUCUUCGUUCCGGCGACCGCGCGGGUGAGCAGUGUGGGGGUGCCCACGCCACCCAGCGCUGCUUUGGCCGCCUGACGGACGCUUGGCGUCGGCAGUUCCCUGGGGCUAGUGAGAUCCCUCGCUGGGAUGAGCUUCUUAGGGCUGGUGUAGCGAUCUUUGAUCUUGAUUUUGAUGCUAUCCUUGCUGCUAUGUAUGCUGUGGAUUAUAGUGAGGAGAAUGAGGGUUACCGGUGUUUCCAGCCCGACCCGGGCAUUGGUGCUGCUGCGCUAGGUGCUUGUGAGGCUGCUGUUCUAGGUGCCAGUGCGUCUGUGCUCUCAGGUACUGGUGAGACUGCGCUCUCAGGUACUGCGUCGUCCUCGUCCUCCCUCACUUUCACACUUGACUCCGGGGCUUCUCGCUCCUUCUUUCGAGACCGCACUACCCUUACGCCGCUCGGCCGGCCGGUUGCGGUCUCCCUUGCUGACCCCUCUGGGGGUCCUGUCCUGUCUCACUUCUCCACUGUCCUCCCGUGUCCGGCUGCCCCUUCGGGCACCCUGUCUGGUCUGUACCUUCCCUCGUUCUCUACGAACUUGGUGAGUGGAGCGGACCUGCAGGAUGUGGGGGUUCACCAGUUCACUCCUGCGAGUCAGCGGGUGACACACUGCACGGAGGCACGCACAGGCCGCCACCUGGCCACGUUCUCGCGUCGGCCUGGGUCGAGUCUCUACACCCUGACAGUUGAGUCUCCUCCUGUCCCUGCGUCUGGUCAGGUGGCUGCGUCAGGUCAGGUGCUUGCUGCUGCGUCCCGGUCAGGUCCUGAGUCUGCCCCCUGUUCUUGUCGCCUCCUGUCUCACGAGACUCUCCUGUGGCACCACCGUCUUGGCCACCCCUCCUUGCCCCGUCUUCGGAGCAUGGCUUCCCGUGUCCUUGUCUCUGGUCUUCCCCAGUCUCUCCCUCCUCUCCCCUCCGGGCCAGGACCUUCCUGUGUCCCCUGUGUCGAGGGUCGCCUCCGGGCUACUCCUCACUCCUCCCACUUCCCCCCGACAGAGGCUCCCCUGCAGACGCUUCACAUGGAUUUGUGGGGCCCAGCCCCCGUCCGUGGGCAGGGUCAGGAGCGCUACUUCCUGUUGGUGGUUGACGACUACUCGCGUUACACCACAGUCCUCCCCUUGCGCAGCAAGGGUGCGGUCACUGAGGUGCUGAUCGACUGGAUCCGCGAGGCUCGUCUCCAGCUCAGGAAGAGCUUCGGCUCGGACUUUCCUGUUCUGCGUCUGCACUCGGACAGAGGCGGAGAGUUCUCUUCUCGCCUUCUGCGAGACUACUGCCGUGCACGGGGGAUCCGCCAGACCUUCACGCUUCCGGACUCACCACAGCAAAAUGGGAUUGCUGAGCGCCGCAUUGGCAUGGUCAUGGAUGUCGCUCGUACGUCCAUGAUGCAUGCGGCUGCCCCCCAUUUUCUGUGGCCGUUUGCGGUGAGGUACGCGGCGCAUCAGCUCAACCUUCACCCCUGGGUCUCUCGGCCUGCGAUGUCCCCAGCCUUGCUGUGGACGGGGAAGGUUGGCGAUGCGUCUGUGUUCCGUGUCUGGGAAUCUCGGGCGUUUGUCCGCGACUUGUCUGCGGACAAGCUGUCCCCUCGUGCUGCUCCCUGUGUCUUCCUUGGCUUCCCCACUGACGCCCCAGGGUGGCAGUUUUACCACCCCUCCUCUCGUCGUGUUCUGUCCUCCCAGGACGUCACGUUCGACGAGUCAGUCCCCUUCUACCGUCUCUUCCCCUACCGCACUCCUUCCCUCCCCCCUCCCCCGGACUUCCUUGUGCCGGUUCCCCCCCCAGUAGACCCCCUCCCCCCUCAGGUUCCUGCCCCCUCAGGUGUGUCCCGGGUAGACGCCGUUGAGUCUACUGCUGUUGGUCCUUUCGCUAGAGGUGUGGGUGGCGCUGGUGCUCUCGCUGAGGGUGCUGGUACUGUCCCUGCUGAGUCUGGAGCUGCCGCGCGGCCUCGACCGUACUUCGUUCCGCUCCUACAACAGGUUCUUGGUCUUUCUCCUCCAGUAGAGGGUCCACCGCCUGUCCAGUCGCAGUCCCUGCUGGAGCGUUCCUCUCCACUGCCUGCUCCCUCUCCUUACACUGGUCCUACUGGAGGUCUUGCUGAGCGUCGUGAGCCUGCGUCUCGUCCCGCGUCGCCUGUUCGCGCUGCUCGCGCUAGUGGUCGCAGUUCGCGUCAGCGUCCUCCUCCUGUCCCUGGCACGCACCGGAUGUCUUUGCGUCCGUCCACUGCUCCUCUGCGUGCCCCUUUGCCUUCUCCUCCUGAUUCCUCUCUUCCUGUGCUUGCCGACCCUGAGUCGGACUCUCUUCGUGCUGCCAGUCCUACUGUCACGCGUCUGCUUGCUACUGUCGUCACUGACCCCUCUUUUGAGUCCACUGCUGCGUCUGCUCUAGUCGCUGAGCUCGUCGACUUUGCUGCUCGCUGUCGUCUCGACUACGCUGCUAGUCUUGUUGCUGAGUCUGCGUCUGUCUGUCCUCCGUCCGUCGGGGGUGAGUGUGCUCUUGGCACGGACGUCCUAGAGGACAGGCAGGAGGAGUUACAGUGUCUAGCGGCUGCUUCACCUCAUCUCGCGUCUGUACUGCUUGCCCCUGAGGGAGACCCGGAUGCACUAGACAUCCCGACUCCGCGUUCUUACGCGGAGGCCGUAGAGGGUCCCUACUCCUCUCAGUGGCAGGCAGCUAUGGAUGCAGAGAUGGCUUCCUGGAAGUCCACAGGCACCUACGUUGACGCGGUUCCCCCUCCUGGGGCGAACAUCGUCAGUGGCAUGUGGAUCUUCAGGGUGAAGCGGCCGCCGGGCUCUCCACCUGUCUUCAAGGCGCGGUACGUUGCUCGUGGCUUCAGUCAGCGGCAGGGAGUUGACUACUUUCAGACCUUCUCUCCCACCCCGAAGAUGACUACUCUUCGGGUGCUGCUGCACAUAGCCGCUCAGCGCGACUACGAGCUUCACUCUCUCGACUUCAGCACUGCGUUCUUGCAGGGUAGCCUGCACGAGGAGAUCUGGCUUCGCCGUCCACCUGGCUUCACUGGGACUUUCCCUCCUGGCACCCAGUGGAGCCUCCGACGGCCAGUCUACGGUCUCCGCCAGGCACCGCGUGAGUGGCACGACACACUGAGGACUACGCUUGCGGCUCUUGGGUUUUCUCCUUCUACUGCUGACCCGUCGCUGUUUCUUCGCACCGACACUUCCCUGUCGCCGUUCUACAUCCUCGUGUAUGUCGACGACUUGGUCUUUGCCACAGCAGACACUGCUGGACUCGCCUACGUGAAGUCCGAGCUGCUGAAGAGACACACGUACACAGACCUGGGUGAACUGCGCAGCUACCUUGGCUUGCAGAUCACUCGGGACAGAGCACGCCGCACCAUUACCUUGACUCAGUCACACAUGGUGCAGCAGGUCCUUCAGCGCUUCGGCUUCACGUACUCCUCGCCUCAGGCCACUCCUCUGCCUACUCGCCACUCACUCUCAGCUGUGCCUUCGGAUGAGUCCGUAGAGUCGAGUGGUCCGUAUGCAGAGCUUGUUGGCUGCCUCAUGUACCUGAUGACCUGCACACGACCUGACCUUGCAUACCCUCUGAGCAUUCUUGCUCGCUAUGUUGCUCCUGGGAGACACAGACCGGAGCACAUGGCUGCAGCGAAGAGGGUAUUGCGCUACCUGUGCAGCACGUCGGGCAUGGGGCUAGUGCUUGGAGGGCGGAGUCCAGUGGUCCUUACCGGCCACGCGGACGCUUCUUGGGCUGACGACCAGGCUACGCAGCGGUCGUCACAGGGUUACACCUUCAGCCUUGGUUCCGGCUCUGUCUCGUGGCGGUCUACUCGCUCGUCUUCGGUUCUCGGCUCCAGUUGUGAGGCUGAGAUCUACGCCGGGGCCAUGGCUGCACAGGAGCUUCGCUGGCUCACCUACCUGCUGACUGACCUUGGAGAGCCGCCUCGUUCUCCUCCAGUGCUGUACGUAGACAACAAGGCCAUGCUGGCCUUGUGUCGAGAGCAGCGCUUGGAGCACAGAACGAAGCACAUUGCUCUCCGCUACUUCCUUGCUCGUGAGCUGCAGCAGCGUGGUCAGUUGCGACUUGCGUACGUGGCCUCUGAGGCCAACACUGCUAAUGUGUUCACCAAGGCACUCGCGCCUUGUGACCAUCAGCGCUUUUGCACCCAGCUGGGUCUUGUGCCUGUCUUGCCUCACUUGCUCUCCUCUUGA